UCAAAACAAGCCAUUUAAAAUGAAGAAUCAUAACUUUGUAGUUUUCUUUUUGCUCUUCCUCAUGAUAUUCCUUAAUGGUUUUGUUUCAUCUACUGAAGAAACCAAGGUUUAUGUAGUGUACCUUGGCGAGCACAGUGGAGAGAAGACUUUGAAAGAAAUAGAAGAUCACCACUGCUCAUUUCUUCAUUCUGUCAAGGCUACUUCCAAAGAGGAAGCUAAAACAUCGCUAGUUCACAGCUACAAGAACGUCAUCAAUGGCUUCUCUGCUUUGUUAACGCCACAAGAAGCCGAUAUGAUAUCAGGGAUGGAAGGGGUAAUAUCAGUAUUUCACAGUGAUCCUCAUGAAAUAAAGCCUCAUACUACAAGAUCUUGGGACUUUGUGAGCUUGAUGGAAGGAACUUCACUCAUAAAUUCUGGACAAGAUUUGUUGCAAAAUGCUAGUUAUGGGAAGGAUAUCAUUGUUGGGGUUAUGGGCAGUGGGGUGUGGCCAGAAUCUCCAAGUUUCAAUGAUGAAGGAAUGGAACCAGUUCCAAAGUCAUGGAAAGGAAUUUGCCAAGAAGGUGUUGCCUUCAACUCCUCCCAUUGCAACAGGAAAUUAGUUGGAGCACGAUAUUAUUUAAAAAGUUACGAGGCAAAUUUUGGUCCUCUUAACGAGACGAGGGACUUUCGUUCACCAAGAGAUGUAGAUGGUCAUGGUACUCACGCAGCAGCAACAGUAGGUGGUCGAAGAGUUGCCAAUGCAUCAGCAAUUGGUGGAUUUGCAAAAGGUACAGCAACAGGAGGUGCUCCAAAUGUUCGCCUUGCCAUUUAUAAAGUAUGUUGGCCAGUUCCAGAUCAGAGCUUAGCUGAGGGAAAUACAUGCCUCACAGAUGAUAUUAUUGCUGCUUUUGAUGAUGCUAUAGCUGAUGGAGUUGAUGUACUCAGUGUCUCCUUUGGGUCUCAACCUAGAACAACAUAUUAUACACAAAAUGGUAUUGCAAUUGGAUCUUUGCAUGCUCUGAAGAGGAAUAUUGUAGUAGCCUGUAGUGCUGGAAAUGAUGGUCCAACACCAUCUACUGUUGGAAAUGUGGCUCCAUGGAUUAUCACAGUUGGUGCUAGUAGUAUCGAUCGUGUUUUUUCAUCUCCAAUUAUGCUCGGAAAUGGAAUGAUCGUCGAGGGGCAAACAGUAACUCCAAUAAGGAGGAGUAGGUUGCAUCCUUUGGUUUAUGCAGGAGAUGUAGAAAUUAGAGGAACUACGGCAAGCAAUACAACAGGACUAUGUUUUCCUGGUACACUUUCAAGAAAUCUUGUAAGAGGAAAAGUUGUCGUCUGCAGGGGCAGUAGUAUGCAGGCAUCAAUGGAGGUGAAAAGAGCUGGAGGUGUUGCAGCUAUUUUAGGAACUCCAUUUAAUGAGAUACAAGUCACCCCUUUUUUGGAUUCCACAACAGUUGCUUUUUCAUAUGGCCUAAAUACAAUCCGAACAUAUAUACAGACUGAAAAAAAUCCAAUGGCAACACUUCUCCCAGGGCAAACAUUGAUUGGUACCAAGUCAGCACCAGUCAUGGCUCCUUUCACUUCCAAAGGACCAAAUAUAGUCGAUCCUAACAUUCUCAAGCCGGAUAUAACUGCUCCUGGAUUAAACAUACUAGCCGCAUGGAGUGAAGCAUCCUCUCCGUUGAACUUGCCAGAGGAUCGUCGUGUCGUCAAGUAUAAUAUGCAGUCUGGGACAUCCAUGUCUUGCCCACAUGUUUCAGCUGUAAUUGCACUCUUAAAAUCCAUUCAUCCAGAUUGGAGCAGUGCUGCAAUCAGAUCAGCUCUAAUGACAACAUCAACAAUCAAUAAUUUGGUUGGUAGACCAAUAACAAAUGCCACUGGUAAUGAUGCAAACCCCUUUGAGUACGGAGCAGGCCAUUUCCGACCAUCAAGAGCAGUAGAUCCUGGACUCAUUUAUGAUGCAACGUAUGAGGAUUAUCUUCUCUAUCUUUGUAGUCAAAACAUAAGCCUAGAUUCCUCGUUCAAU